UGUCACCCCUUCUAAGAUGGCAGUAAGACUGUACUUGAGAUGUGACUAAUGUAGAUGUUAUGUAAGACUGGGAAUUAGGAGACCUAAUCUCUGUCCACAUUGGGCAAGUUAUUUGACCUCUCUGGAAUUCAAAUACUUUCUCCAAAAAAUCUGACAGAGCUUUCUAAGGCUUUCAGAUUAUCCACUUGGAGUUGGUUGGGGGGGCGGUGGGGAUAUCCUGAGCUGCCUGUUUCAGCCUAAUAGAGUAUUGGUAGCACGCAUAAUCUACAGACAUGUACAGCCCCCUCUCUGGUUUAUUGAUCUCUUUUUGAGAUGUUACUACUUGCAGCCUAGCAUGAUUUGCAAGAACACUUUGGGCUUGAUUGUCACUCCAUUUUUACUUGUUCACAUUUCAUGAGGCAAGACUCAUCCCAGGCAGCUGUUGAAUGAAAUUGGACGUGACCCAUUGAUCUAUGACAUGGAUUCCCAAUUGGUUGGAAGAAAUGCACCCAAAACUCAAAUCACUGUGAUCAUCCACAAAAAAGAUAGGAAAAUUCUCAUUUGUUUCACUUUUCAUUUGUAAAUAUGAUAUACCAGGAGGGGCUCAGGCAUGGGGUCAAUUAGAGGAAAAUAUCACAAGAGAAUUGCAAAGCCCCAGAGGACAUUUUGACCUCUAGAGAGAACUAGGUUAGACUCCAUUGAUCAAAACUACUGUGCUCAUUCUGGAUCCUGCCCCACACCCAGCUGAUUAGACGCUUUAUAUCUGCAACCAGCAGCAGUUUUUCACUAAUUAGCCACUCACGGUCCAACUUUAAGGUUCUGUGAGCAGUUACUAUUAUUUUUGACCACCUAUAAGACAUUAAUCUCUUACCAUGGGGGAUUGGAAUUUACUGGGUGACAUCCUAGAGGAAGUUCACUCCCACUCAACUAUAGUGGGGAAAAUCUGGCUGACCAUUCUCUUCAUUUUCCGAAUGCUGGUACUGGGUGUGGCUGCUGAAGAUGUCUGGGAUGAUGAACAGUCAGCAUUUGCCUGCAACACCCAGCAGCCAGGUUGCAACAAUAUCUGUUAUGAUGAUGCUUUCCCUAUCUCUUUGAUCAGGUUCUGGGUUUUACAGAUAAUCUUUGUGUCUUCUCCUUCUCUGGUGUAUAUGGGCCAUGCACUUUAUAGACUCAGGGCCUUUGAAAAGGAGAGGCAGAGGAAAAAGUCACACCUUAGAGUCCGGAUGGAGAAUCCAGAGCUUGAAUUGGAGGAGCAACAAAGGAUAGAUAGAGAGCUGAAGAGAUUGGAGGAGCAGAAGAGAAUCCAUAAAGUCCCUCUGAAAGGAUGUCUGCUCCGUACUUAUGUCUUACACAUCUUAACGAGAUCUGUGCUGGAAGUAGGGUUCAUGAUAGGCCAGUAUGUUCUCUAUGGGUUUCAAAUGCACCCCCUUUACAAAUGCACUCAAUCUCCUUGCCCUAAUGCAGUGGAUUGCUUUGUAUCCAGGCCCACAGAGAAGACAAUUUUCAUGCUCUUUAUGCACAGCAUUGCAGCCAUCUCUUUGUUCCUUAAUGUACUGGAAAUAUCUCAUCUGGGGAUCAGGAAAAUCAUGAGGGCACUUUAUGAGAAAUCCAGCAAUGAGGACAUUGAGGAUGAAAGUGGCACUCCAUUCCAUUUGAAAAAAUAUUCGGUGGCCCAGCCUUGUAUGAUUUGCUCUCCCUUGCCUAAAAGAAUCUCUUUACUUCAAGCCAACAAUCAACAGCAAGUCUUUCAAGUCAAUGUGCUGAAGUCUAAAAACACAUGUGAAAGCCUACAGCCCAGGCAACUUGAAGUAGACCCUUGCUGUAUUAAAAAAGAGUGGACUGAGAAGGAUCAGCACAGAGAACAGCUCCAUGUCCACAGCCCAUGUCCUUGGGAUGACAGUACUCUAAUUCAGCACCAGGGACAGCAACCAGGCCAUUCAUUUGGCCUAGAAAAUGUGAAGUCCCAGUCCUGGCUAGGUACAGAGAUGGCUCCUAGACAUUGCCCAUCCUAUGCAAUAGGAACCUGGGAGCAGUCCCAGGAUCUACGACCCUCAGGAGAGCCUCUUACAGAGUUGCACAGUCACUGUAGAGACAGCGAUGGCAGCAUGAGAGAGAGUGGGGUCUGGACAGACAGAUCUCACCUGGACAGUCGCAAGGCCAGCUUUCUGUCCAGAUUGCUGUCUGAAAAGGGACAGUUGCACAGUGACUCAAGAAGCUUCAGUUCUCAGAACAGCUCUUGCUUGGAUCUUCUGCACCGGGAAAAUAGUCCCUCGCUUCUGCCUUCUGCCACUGGGUAUAGAACAUCAAUGAACAUGCUUCUAGAACUUUCAUCUAUUAUGAAAAAAUAAUUCAUGCUUGGGGCCAGAAAAAUGGACCAAGGACCAACCAGCAUCUGCAGGAGAAAAGUUGCACCUUUGUUAGCUCAAACUGCAAGAAGAAUUGUGGGAACCAUCCCCUCCACAGAGACACCCGCCAGGCGAUGGAAGUGGAAAUGAGGCGUGGAGAUAUGAAGACGCAUGAUCUGUUCCACAGUGAGUUGGUAGAAGAGCCAGUGAAGACCAGGUGGAUGAAAAUGAUGCUGGGGCCAAGUCCAAGUGGGUACCAUUAAGGGGCAUACCAUAUUCCAGGUGCUUAAGACACAUUAUCUAUACCUGUUUUAUCUACAACUGUGCAAAGUUAUUGUUUGCCCCCACUUUAUAAACCAGAGAAGGCUCAAAGAGACUAAGUAACUUGCCCCACAGCUAAAGGUCACACAGCUAAAGUGCAUGCAGUGCAGCUGAAUUGAAACCCAGAUCCAGGUCCAGCUGUUCCAAGGCCUGGACUCCUUCCAGGAAGCUGUAAAGUCGUGUUCUCUCUCUUGUCCAUAACAAUCAGCAGCCCCCGGGCAAUGAUUUAUUUGCACAUCCGUCUGCCCAACUAACCUGUGAAAGCUACAAGGAUAAGGCCUGUGCAUUUUAAGUCUCGGAUGCCCAGCAUGCAGCGUAGUGUUGGUUGAAUGAAUGUAUGUUUAUGUAUAGAUGCCAAAGACAAUAUAGUACGCAUCGCUUUAAA